AACAAUAAUUAGGACUUUGGCUAAAAACUUUGACCAUCAACCAAUCCCCAUCUGACUUUUGUAAUGUAAGAAACUUCAACGAAUUGGUUGAAUAUUUGACAUUAGGUGGGGAGCGGGCCUUGCGGCGAUCAAACCCUCUCUUUCUCUCUCUUUUGAUUUCAUUCUUUGCCUACGACAUUUUAUCUAAACAGUUGAAAUUGAAUUCUUCUACUUUUUUUUUUGUUGCUUUCUUUUUUGUUUAAUAUGCAAGUGGGUGGGGUUUUGUUGACAUAGUAUUUAUUUGAGUGUGUAAUAUGAUUUAUGAAAAAAAAAAAUUACAAAAGGAGUCAAAUAAAGCAGCCCCUCUAUAAAAGAAGAGGAAACUUGGUUUUUUUCAGAGAAUUUAUUGCAAGAGAAAAAGAAAAAGCAAAAAACAAAGCUGUAUGGAGGAGAAUUUGAUGCAAAUAUCUGAUCAAGGAGAUGCAGUCAUGAAGAAAGAGAAGAGAGCUGAUUCUUCUGGGGAUGAAGAAGUUGCUGGUAGAAGGGAAGAGGUUGCAGCUCCUGAGGUAGAAGAGAAAAGACCAGAUCGAGAGAAUGAUGAUAUGAAGCCAUCAUCACCUGGAAAAAAGGAUUUAAGCAGCAACAAGCAGGUAUCUGUAAAAACUGAUACCGAAAGAUUCUCAAGCAUAGAACCUGACUACUCGAUGGCAUCUUCUUCAAGUCGAAAGGAGCAGGAUGAUCAACUUGAAUCUGCCAAAGCUGAGAUGGGAGAGGUUAGAGAAGAAAAUCAAAGACUAAAGAUGUACUUAAAUCGGAUAAUGAAGGAUUAUCAGAACCUGCAAAUGCAAUUCUAUGACAUUGUUCGACCAGAUGCAAAGAAAUCCACAGCUACAACAAAUAAUGACCACCAAGAAGUUGAAGAACUUGAGCUUGUUUCUCUUACCCUUGGAAGAUUUUCAAGUGAUUCAAGAAAAGAUGAUAAGAAGAGAACAUCUGGCCAAGGAAAAGAGGAGGAGAGAGGCAAAGAAGGUUUAUCUCUUGGCCUAGAUUACAAAUUUGUAGCUUCUAAAUCAGAUACAGAUGAUGAAGCUCUGCCAAAUCGAAGCCCAGCAAACAGUUCUCAGGAACCGAAGGAAGAAGAGACCUGGCCACCGAGCAAAGUUCUCAAGACAAUUAGAAGCGGAGAUGAUGAAGCUUUACAACAAAACCCUGUCAAGAAAGCUAGGGUUUGCGUAAGAGCCAGAUGCGAUACUCCUACGAUGAAUGAUGGAUGCCAAUGGCGGAAAUAUGGACAAAAGAUUGCUAAAGGAAAUCCUUGCCCUCGAGCAUAUUAUCGUUGCACUGUUGCACCUUCAUGCCCAGUGAGAAAACAGGUGCAAAGAUGUGCUGAGGACAUGUCCAUCUUAAUCACAACCUAUGAAGGAACACACAAUCAUCCACUUCCAAUGUCAGCCACCGCAAUGGCUUCCACCACUUCUGCAGCUGCUUCAAUGCUAUUGUCUGGUUCAUCAUCGAGCUCACAGCCUGGCUCCAAUGCUCCACCAACUUCCAACACCAUUCCUGCUAAUCUCCAUGGACUCAACUUUUAUCUAUCUGAUAACUCAAAAUCGAAGUUUUACUUGCCCAACUCUUCACUAUCGGCUGCCUCAUCACACCCAACAAUCACUCUGGACCUGACUUCAACACCAUCAUCAUCCUCAUCAUUUCCUUUCAAUAGGUUUUCUUCAGCUCAUCCCACAACCGCAAGAUAUCCUUCUACAAGUCUCAGCUUUGGUUCUUCAGAAUCCAACACCAUGUCUUGGGGCAAUGGGCUCCUUAGCUAUGGAAGUACUCAACCCUACAUGAAAAACCAAAUUGGAGCUCUGAACAUUGGAAGACCGCCGGCCAUGGAGAAUAGCAUUUAUCAAUCCUUCAUUCAAAAGAAUAAUCUAAAUCCUCCUCAACAGCCUCUACCCACGGAUACAAUCGCUGCUGCAACCAAAGCAAUCACAGCAGACCCCAAUUUCCAAUCUGCUUUAGCAGCGGCUCUCACAUCAAUCAUUGGCGCUGGCAAUAAUGGGGGUGUAACUCAGCCUGCUGGAGAGAGUUUGGCACAAAAGUUGAAAUGUGGGGAGCAGACAUUUCCAGUGGCUUCUAGUUACUCACAAACUGUGAAAGGGAAUGGCUGUGCCUCAAGCUUCUUGAACAAAUCUCCUUCGACUAGUUCACAGCCUGGGAGUUUGAUGUUUCUACCGUCUUCUUUGCCAUUUACAACGCCCAAGAGUGCAUCCGCAUCACCUGAUAAGGACGGGGAGGCGUGGAAAGUUGAAGUACAAGAUUGGUUUUUCCACAAAUUUAUUUGGUCAUGAUUUACAACCUGCUAAUUAUCCAGCUAGCCGGAGAAGGAAAAUGUCAUUCAUUGACUAAGCCAUAAGCUCUCACAAAUCACUUGGAAAAUGGCAAUUCGAACCUGAAUAUAUAAAUUAUACCCGAUUUUUUACAUUCCAACAUGCAUACCAUUUUCAUGGUUUUGCAUGAUCAAGCUCAACUGCAUGAAUGGCCUUCAAUUUUUUGACUUACAGUUGAGUCCUCAAUGCAAGAGACAUAAGCUGCAAGUUGUUGAUUUAUGGCAUGGGUCUUUAAGCAUGGUGCAACAUGAUGAAAGGAUAAGAAGAGGCAAAUUCUCAUUCUUAAACAUCACAGGAUAAUAGUUUUUCAUUGACCAUAUUAUGAAACACGUGCACGUUUUUCAAUUCUUAUCCUUGAUUUUAUGAGAUAUAAAGCUGUUAGAUCGGCAUCCAAAAUCAAGAAAGUUAUGCUAUAUUGCUUGGUCUUCCCUGGCAGGUCAUUUCAAGCUUAACGUUGAUGGUUCAAUGGUUGAAAAUUCAGGUGAGUUACCAACUGUUGGUAUUUUCUGUGAUAGUGAUGGAAAAUGAGUGCUGUUUGGUUUUGCGAAUGGUUGUAUUUUCAAAUUAAAGCUGAACUUAAUGCAGUUUUGACUUGUCUUCAACUUGCACGAAACCAGCUCUUGGUGGAUUUGGCUUCAGAUUCAAGUUUCAAUUCCCUCUUUCUCCUCGUAUCAAAAGAAAAGGAAUAUAUUGAAUCAAUGGAGAGAUCUUAGUCAGCAUAGCAUUCCAUAAAUCAUGUUUUAAGGUGUUGCAGCUGAUACUAGUUGUGGAAAACUGGAAAUGAGUGAAUGAAAUCGUAUGUUCCCCAUCAAAAGGAAAAAAAGAACAUGAAAUUACAAGCAAGCAGACGUCAGAUAAAUGUUGGCGAUGCAACCUCAACUAAAUUUCGGACACAGGUAGCCCAAGCAGGACAUGUUAUG